AAUAGCUGGUUUCUAUCUGGUCUAACCUGGUCAUUAGCGGAUCCAAGUUGAUUAUUAACUGAAUAAAGCUGAUAGACCGUCUUGGACCAGCAACAAACCAGCUAUCACAUGAUCCUAAAGUUGUCUAGCUGGUUUCUGAAACAUGACAACUGGUUUCUAACAAGUCUGAGCUGGUGCAAACUGGAAGACCAUGUUGGAUCAGCAACCAGGUUUGGGAGGGAGAUCUCCUCUUAUGUCAUGCAUGAUGAGUGUGGAUGUGAAGAAACUGAAAGUGAAUGAGCUGAAAGAGGAGUUGCAGAAGCGUGGACUGGACACCCGAGGCCUCAAAGUGGAUCUGAUUGAGCGGCUGCAGGUGGCUCUGGAGGCUGAAAAGGAACCCAUCUGCAAUGAUGAGACAGAAGCAGGUGUUGCAGAGGCUGGGAAUGAUGAGUUUUCUGACCAAGGGCAGAUGGCUGGUGAGAAAGAGGGCUCUGAUAUACACCCCAGUGUUUCUGAGGUCCCUAAAGAUGAAAAUAAACCAGAGACUGUGAAUGUACAACGGGCAAUCGUUGAGACAAUCUCCAAGGAGGAACAUGAAGUGGCACCAGUAAAGGUGAAAAAUGAGGAUGAGAUAAAGACGGAGCAACAAGAACUGCAGCGUUCUGACCCCGGCAGUGAAUGGGAAGAUCAAGAGAGCCAACAGAAUGCAGAAAGCAAGACUGAACAAGACGCACAUGCACAUUAUGGCCACAAGAGGCGCUAUGAUGAAAGCCACGGUUACAGCUAUUAUGAACACCGUGAAGACAGGAGGUCCCACUCAACUCUGCCUCCUGCUGAAGAGGAUGAGGAAGACUUUGAUGGCACACUAGUGGUCAUUGAUGCUUAUAACUGUGACUUGCACUUCAAAGUCUCUCGAGACCGUUGCAGCGGCUAUCCUUUAACCAUCGAGGGGUUUGCUUACCUAUGGUCUGGAGCACGAGCAACAUAUGGUGUAAAUAAGGGACGCAUGUGCUAUGAGCUGAAGGUUCUGGAAUAUCUACCAGUGAAGCAUCUUCCCAGCAGUGAGCCUGACCCUCAUGUCGUGAGAGUCGGGUGGUCUCUGGAUUCCUGCAGCACACAGCUUGGAGAGGAGGCAUUCUCUUAUGGGUAUGGCGGAACAGGGAAAAAGUCUACCUGUUGCAAAUUUGAAGAUUACGGAGAGAAAUUUGGUGAAAGUGAUGUCAUUGGAUGUUAUAUUGACUUUGACAAUCAUGAGCAGGUGGAAAUGGCUUUCUCAAAGAACGGGAAGUGGCUUGAUGUGGCAUUUCACGUAUCUAAAGAAGAACUGGCUGGUCGUGCACUGUAUCCUCACAUCCUGGUGAAGAACUGCUCUGUUGGGUUUAACUUUGGGCAACGAGCGGAUCCGUUCUUUCCUUUGCAAGAUGGCUACACUUUCAUCGGGGCUGUCAACAUAGAGAACAGGGUCAGAGGAACUGUUGGUCCCACCAACAAAUCUGAUUUUGAGGUCCUGAUGAUGGUUGGUCUUCCUGCUUGCGGUAAAACCACAUGGGCCACUAAGCAUGCAAAGAUGAACCCAGAGAAGAAGUACAACAUCCUGGGCACAAAUGCCAUCAUGGAGAAAAUGAAGAUGAUGGGAUUGCGUCGCCAGCGAAACUAUGCUGGGCGCUGGGAUAUCCUGAUUCAGCAGGCCACUCAGUGCCUGAACCGACUGAUCCAGAUUGCUGCCCGCAAAAGACGGAACUACAUUUUGGAUCAGGGCAGAGCUGACCUGAAGCACCACAAAGAGACGCAUGAGUCAAGCUUCUGGUGGUGUGAUCUGUCCCACCUUCUUUCCUCUUUUCAUGGCUUUGAAGCCAACUUUGUGCUGCCAGAGGUUGGAGACUUCCUGGAUGAAGUGACCUACGUUGAGCUGCAAAGAGAAGAGGCUGAUGAGCUGGUCAAACGGUACAAUGAGGAGGGCCGGAAGGCUGGGCCUCCGCCUGAGAAACGCUUCGAUAACUGGGGACACCGUAGACGUGAAAGCGGCUACCAGCGGUACGACAACCACGGAGGGUUGAGAGGAGGCCAUCAGAACAGAGGAGGUUAUAACCGUGAUGGCUACAAUCCGAACCGCUGGGGAGGGAAUCACAAAGACCGUCGAGAUGGAUACAGCAGCAACCAUCAGUCUGGAGGAAGCUACACUAACAACCGCUAUGGCUCCUAUAACAAAGAGGGAUAUAGCAGAAGCUACAGUCAGGGUUAUAAUCAAGGCUACAACCAGGAUAACUAUAGCCAAGGAAACUACAACCAAUACCCAGAUUAUGGGCAAGGUUACCAUGACAAUCAAGGAUCUGGACAAUCGUAUAACCAACAGAACUUCAAUCAGCAGUAUCAACAGUAUGCGCAGCAGUGGCAGCAGUAUUAUCAGAAUCAGAGCCAGUGGAACCAGUACUACGCUCAGUAUGGGAAUUCCUCUGGACAGCAGGGCAGCCAGAGCUCACACGGCUCACAAUAAGCAGGAAGCACCUCCGUAAUCACACA